AAACUUUGAGUCGAGGCGGGGAGAAGAAACUACAGCGGAACCAGCAGCGCUGGGAGUGUGUGUGUGUGUGUGUGUGUGGACGGUGCCACUGGUGUCACUGGUUUCAUUCCACAGUGCCACAGAGUUGAUGAAGUUGGAUUAUAUGUGUAUUUUUUUUUAUUUUUGUUUUUUAUUUUUUUGCCUCGAAGACAAAGGAAGAGAAAAGCCAGAUUUAGAAAACAAAACAUGUCUCACGGAAUUAUUUGGAUAUUCUCCCUGUGAUGCAGUCUGGGACAACUUUUAUCGGACGAUGUUUUCGACGCUUUUGGGAGAUUUUCCAUGAUUUAAAUGCAGGAGAAACUGUUAUUCGUUGUUUUGGACCGGAUAUAGUGUGGGCUGGGGCAGAGAUGCGUAAUGCGCAGAGCAAACUCAAUCUUCUCUCCAAAUAGGCAGCGUUCAAGACCUGAAAAUGUCUAAGUUGGAGGUGAAGAAGGAGUCCGGGGAGUCCAGUCCGUCGGAGGCCGCCUGCCUCUGCUCUCCUCCGGCGGCCAAGAACCAGUGCGCCAGCUGCGGCAUGGACAUCCACGACCGAUACCUGCUGAAGGUCAACAACCUGAACUGGCACUUGGGAUGUUUGGAGUGUUCGGUGUGCAGAGCGUCGCUGCGUCAGCACAACAGCUGCUACGUCAAAAACAAAGAAAUCUACUGCAAACUGGAUUAUUUCAGGUUCGGCACUAAGUGCGCUCAGUGUGGCCGGCAGGUGUAUGCCAGUGACUGGGUGCGGCGGGCUCGGGGCAGCGUGUAUCACCUGGCCUGUUUCGCCUGUUUCUCCUGUAAGAGGCAGCUGUCCACGGGGGAGGAGUUUGGCCUGGUGGAGGGCAGGGUGCUCUGCCGCAGCCACUACGACAUCAUGCUGGACAACCUCCGCAGGGCUGCAGAAAAUGGUACAGGACUGACUCUGGAAGGAGCGCUGCCCUCUGAUCAGGACUGCCAGCCAAAGCCAGCCAAGAGGGCGCGGACAUCGUUCACUGCUGAGCAACUGCAGGUGAUGCAGUCUCAGUUUGCUCAGGACAACAACCCUGACGCUCAGACGCUACAGAAACUGGCAGAAAUGACGGGACUGAGCAGACGAGUCAUACAGGUUUGGUUUCAGAACUGCCGCGCGCGACACAAAAAGCAGCCGCCUCAGAGCACCUUCUCUCAGAGCGCUCCGCUGUCCCGGAUGCCUCCAUCCCUGCCAGACGAUAUCCAUUAUUCACCAUUCAGCAGCCCGGACCGACCACAUCUCCUGGCCCUGCACGGAUACCUGGACACUCAUCCCUUCUCCGUCCUCACUGCGCCGAGCCACUUGACUCAUCCAUCCAUCUCUUUACCGCAGCUUCCCAUCAGCCGCUGAACUCGUGUGUCUACUUUUUUGUGGCGUCACCACUCUGAUGUUGUGAACAAAAUCCACUGAGACGUGUCGUCAUUAAUCUGCUCUCGCUGAGAGUCCAGUCCCCCGGGGCAGCAGGUACCUCGGUGAUCUGUUUUCCACCCAGUCGGAUUCUUCGCUGUGAGACUGCUGAUGUAAACUUCAUUUUUCAAAGACAGUAAACUAUGGCGAUAGGAGAAAUGCCCCCCAACCCUCAUAACAACGUGGGAGUUUUUUUUUUUUUUAAUUUUGUUUUUUUUUUUAUGAUGCAGAGAAGAAGACCAUUUUUAUUUCAUUUUUCAUCUUUUUAAUGGGACACAAAAGAUUGCAUCAGGUCAGGAUUUUUCCUUUUGUUUACCCACUCAUGCAAGGUAUUUUAAUUAUACUGCUGCAAUAUGAGCUGUCAAACUAGAAGAAAAAAAGUGCUGUAGCAGUAUUACAGUAAAAUCUCAGCAAUUUUUUUGUACUGGUGAUGAGCACAUUUGCAGCUUUAUUGUUGUUGUGGUUGUGUUGUUGUCAGAAAAUGGAAACUUAUUUAUUCAGAACGAAACUUUUAAAAGCACUUUUAAAUGUGUCUUGAAAUUGAAUAAUUCAGUGAUUGUAAUUGUAAAUACUGCUACAGUUUAACAAAAAUGUGUCAGAGCUGUUAUGAAAAUGGUAGUGUUUGAAUAAUUGAGGGUGAAGUCCAUUAAAUCAUGCAGAGAGAACAA